UCCAUUCUCUCUGAUCUAUUUGCACGCAUAGUCACCAACGAUUUUCCCGUGCAACUGUAUCCAAUCAAUUAUGAUUUAUCGACAAUGUUAAUAAUAGUGUUAUUGUGAACGGCCCAUUGUGAUCGUAGGCGACACAACAGAGUUCCAUUGAUAUUGAGUGAUGACACAACAAAAUAAAACAAUGAAUUUUUUAAUACACGAUGCCAAUGGGCAAACACAAGUUAUUAAAGUCGUUCAAAGCACCCCCAACAAAACCCUCAGCAACAUGAUGGGGGCGACGAAUGCGGGGGGAAUCAAGGUCUUCAAGACCCCAGGACAGGAGUCACAAGUUUUAUCUUCUGGUACACCAGUUGUCAGAACAAUUAGUCUUGGGAGCCCAUCGACACCGGGACAACGACUGGUGACGAUACCACUGCAGAAUGCCAAAGUCUCGGCGGUAAAAUCCAAUGAUUCAGUCACGACCAAGACGAUACAGUUGACAACCGCUCAAAUGACUGAUAUUAAACAGGCUUUAGCAUCACAACAAGUCAAUGCUCAGCAAGUUGUCAAAGAUGUGUCAGGAAAAUUUUUCACACCAUUACUGGAUCACAGUGCCAAUCGAAAGCGCCAUGAUGCUGAUGGUGGUGAUUUUGUCCCUGAUUUAAUUUCCAUCAGCAAACGAAGAAAAACGGAGAAAGUUGGAAAAGGUCUGCGACAUUUUUCCAUGAAAGUAUGUGAGAAAGUGAAGAAGAAGGGGACAACGUCGUACAAUGAGGUGGCUGACGAGCUCGUGGGUGAAUUUACGAAUCCAUCGCACGUGAAUUCUCUGACCGAUCAGCAAUACGAUCAGAAAAAUAUUCGCAGACGAGUGUAUGACGCUCUGAAUGUCCUCAUGGCGAUGAACAUAAUAUCAAAAGAGAAAAAGGAAAUUCGAUGGUUGGGAUUACCAACAAAUUCACAUCAAGAGUGUUUAUCCCUCGAAAAGGAUAAGAAAAAGAAAAUUGAACGGAUUAAGACAAAAACUCAGCAGCUGCAUCAACUUAUUCUGCAACAUAUUUCAUUCAAAAAUUUGGUCGAACGUAACAGCAUGAAUGAGAAUCUCUAUGGCCCACCAAAGCCAAACUCAGCUAUACAAUUGCCAUUCAUUAUAUUAAAUACUAGCAAAAAGACUGUUGUAGACUGCAGCAUCACCAACGAUAAAUCUGAGUACCUGUUCAAUUUUAAUGAUAAGUUUGAGAUCCAUGACGAUAUUGAGGUUCUGAAACGCAUGGGAUUGGCCUUUGGACUGGAGAAAGGAGAAUGUACGGAAGAAAAUUUGCGUAAAUCUAAAGCUAUGGUACCUAAAUCAUUGGAAAAAUAUGUCGAGCAGCUAUCCUCGGGUGAUCUUGAAAAAUUCAUUCCCGUAACCAUUCCUGGACCAAGUACUUCCAUGGAAGAAUUGGAAUUGAAACUAGAAGGCUCCAGCUCAAGACCCCCAUCAUCCUCUCGUACAUCACUCUCCGAAGAGGCAAUGUCACCUCCAUCUCAGUAUUGCUCUGACGAUGAGGAGGAUGACCUUGAUAGCGAUCAGGAUGAACAGGUGGAUAGUGAUGUUGACAUAAACUAGCACACUGGCUAAUUCAAUUACAACUACACUAUCAUUAACGUUCGCUUAUUUUUACUAUUCAAUUUUACGCAUUGAGUUACGAAAAAAAAGGAAAAAAAUCACGAAAAAUGAAGAAAAAGGCAUUGUAUUUUUUUGAGAAUGAUAAUGAGAUGUGUCUCCACAUCUUCGUGAGGAGAAAAUUGAAUUUAUCAAUUGGCCACAUGAAUUUUAGCGCGUUAAUAUUGUAUUCGCUAAUUUUUGUACACAAGUGGAUCAAUUCGGUUACUACUGUAACUGUAACUAUUAUUAUUAUUAUUAUUAUUAUUAUUAUUAUUUUUGAUCGAUUGAUAGAACACCUAUUGUACGAUUAUUUUUCUUUUUUCGAGUGAAUUUAAUUGAGGAUAAAGUGAGGAUGAAAAGUGUAAGUUGAUAAUGUUCUUUUUUUUUCACGUUUUGUUUAUUUCGUUUAUUGUAUUGUCAUCGUGAAUGCAAUUAAGACCUAUUGUAUUGAAAAUAAAUCCAUUGAGAGUUGGGUGGAGUAAAACGAUAUGUUUCCAGAUUUUUGUUGAAUAUCUAGAGAUCUGAUGAGAUAUUCCACAAAAUAGGAAUUUCUACAUUUAGAUUGAACUGAUAAGCUGAUGAUUUUCGAUAAAUUUUGGAACAAGAAGUGAAACAUCGGUGCUAUU